CUAUUUGACCUGCCUGCGGCGCCUGUCCGUCCGCUCGCUCCUCGCUCGCGCCCAUCCUCCUUCCCUCCUUCUUGCCGCCAGCCCGGUUCCCUCUCCCCAGCUCCAGCUCGGCCCGGGCUUCCUCCUCCGUCGUCUCUCUUGCCGCAGCCUCGCCAUGCCCAACAUCGUGCUCUUCAGCGGCAGCUCCCACCAGGAUCUGUCCCAGCGCGUGGCCGAUCGGCUGGGGCUGGAUCUGGGGAAAGUCGUGACGAAGAAAUUCAGUAACCAGGAGACCAGUGUAGAGAUUGGUGAAAGCGUCAGAGGGGAAGAUGUGUAUAUCAUCCAGAGUGGUUGUGGAGAAAUAAAUGACAACUUGAUGGAACUUCUCAUCAUGAUCAACGCUUGCAAGAUCGCAUCCUCCUCCCGUGUCACUGCUGUGAUCCCAUGUUUUCCUUAUGCUAGGCAGGAUAAGAAAGAUAAGGACCAAGGUAGAUGGAGCCGUGCUCCCAUUUCUGCAAAACUUGUGGCCAAUAUGCUGUCAGUCGCUGGGGCAGAUCACAUCAUCACCAUGGAUUUGCAUGCUUCCCAGAUACAGGGCUUCUUUGAUAUUCCAGUGGACAACCUGUAUGCAGAACCAGCUGUGUUGCAGUGGAUCAAAGAAAACAUUGUGGACUGGAGAAACUGUGUCAUUGUUUCACCUGAUGCAGGUGGAGCUAAAAGGGUCACUUCAAUUGCUGACAGACUGAACGUUGACUUUGCUCUGAUUCACAAAGAAAGGAAGAAAGCCAAUGAGGUGGAUCGGAUGGUCUUGGUUGGAGAUGUGACUGGUCGUGUUGCAAUUCUGGUGGACGAUAUGGCAGACACCUGUGGCACAAUAUGCCAUGCAGCAGACAAGCUAGUGACUGCAGGAGCAACCAAAGUUUAUGCCAUUCUCACUCAUGGGAUCUUCUCUGGCCCAGCUAUUUCUCGGAUCAAUAAUGCUGCAUUUGAAGCAGUCGUUGUAACUAACACAAUCCCACAGGAAGAAAAAAUGAAACAUUGUCCCAAGAUUCAGGUUAUAGAUAUUUCUAUGAUUCUGGCCGAGGCAAUCCGAAGAACACACAAUGGGGAAUCAGUGUCCUACCUGUUCAGCCAUGUCCCGUUAUAACUUCAGAUCAGUUUUGAAGUGCUGUGUUCCACAUUACACCAAACAAUGCCCACCCAAUUGUAAAAUAAUGAAUGUCUAUAAAAACUGCAGAUUGGCGAUAUGCACAUUUCUUAUUCUACCAUGGACCGUAGCUAAAAUGGACAAUGUAAUUUUUUUAGAUGCAACUUUUUAUAAAUUCUUUUUGGUCUGUAAAACAGAAACUAUAAUAUUUGCCAGUGAGUUGUUAAGAUGAGCGAAUAUUAUAUGAAAAAUUAUGAGGCAAUAAUAUUUUUCCAAGGCCAGAGUUAGCUAAGGGUUUGUACAUAACUUGCCAAGAAUGAAGGAGUCUCAUUUAGAACAGAACUUUACAUUCACUUACAUUCACAUUUAUUUAAAGAGUUAGAUAAAUGUUGUGUCUCCUUCGAAGAAAUCAGUGUCUCCAUUAAGCUAAAAGAUGUUUUGUGGUGGGGUGAAUUUUUUUACCCCUCCUGUAAGUUACCCUGGAAUAAACUGCCUUCUUUCAUCCAAGGAGCAUGCACCGCAAAUGCUUGUUCUAAGUAUCCAGAACCUGGGAUCCACCACAAAGUGCUUCACAGAGGCCUGGAUUAUGGCUGAAAUGUCUGAAACUGUGGCUCAGCUAAAUGUAGAAUCAUUUGUGUUUUGUAAGUGACUUAAGGCACAACCUUGCAUAUUAGACAGAAUAGAAAGUCCUGCAACUUGCAGUGUUUCCCAGCCAGCCACAGUGGUUGGGGAAUACUGGUAGUUAUAUAACUUUUCCUGUCUAAACAUAACACAGGUUUGUACCUUAGUUUUCUUAGGAUUAAGCAUAUGCAAUUCUUUCAUAUUCCCCUCCCUCAACCCCGCCCCAUACUAGUAGUAUUUGUUGCAUGCCACCUGAGUUAAACUGCAUGACAGUUUAUGCUUCCUUAAUAUCUAUAACACCUGCUUUGCAAGUCCCAGUUUUAGUCUUGUCAGAUUAAAAUAUUCAUUCUGUUUGCUUUACAUCUAGGGCAUCUGUUCACAUUACAUUAAUGCCCUGUCUUCCUUCCUCUUGCAAGGAGCCUAGCAUGGCAUAUAGGGUUCUCCUCCUCUCCAUUUUAUCCUCACAGGAGCAACUCCAUGAGUUAAGCCAGGCUGAGAGGCAGUGCCUGGCCUGAAGUCACCCAGUUAACUGAGUGAGUGGGGACUUGGCUGAGUGGGGACAAGAACCCAGAUCUUACAUAUCCCAGUCCACUACUCUAACCACCAGGCCACACUGUCUUUCAUUGCUUGGAGCCAUGCUGGGACAGCUCCUCUCUUCACCACUAAGGAACCUGGGCAACAUGGGUGUGCAGAGUUGUGUGGUGUGCAGACCUUCCAUGGGUGUGCAGACCUUCCAUGGGCCUUCGGCUUCCGACACUGCCCGAGCCACAUGGGCAAGCAUGCCACAGCAGCCUCAGGACUGUGAAGGUAGCACAGGAUGUCUCCCUAUACAUCUACAUUAUUUUCUGCUUAAGCACGUGUUAUAGAAGGAACUGAUCUUAAACCUUCAUAAUAUUUUACUCUAUUUCUUAAUGGUGCCUAUUCAUUAGAAAAGUUUGGUUAUUAAAAGAUAUUAACAUGGUCUUUUCUUCUAUUCUACCCUGAGCUUUUUACCCAGAAGCCCCCAAAACCUCUUGCUGCAUUUUCCUGGUAUAAAGUUCCAACUUCCCUUUUUUUAAACCAAAAUUUCCUCAGGACCAUUUGUAUUCUUAUCAACUCCAUCUGGAGGAGAACUGAUGCAAUCUUUAUAUUUUUGAAUCUAUUUUGAAUAGUCAACAAUUUUUAAAAACAAAUUGUUCAAUAUUUGACAAGACAGCUGCCUAACCUGGUAUUUUCACAAAAGAAAGUGAAAUCCACGUAAAUGAAAUUGCUGGCAACAAGGUGAUUUUAGAUGUAAGUUGCAUACAGGAUAGCACUUCAAAACUAUUUUAAACAUUUAGUACUCAUUUCAUAAUCAAAACCUACAGAGAUUAAAAUCUGCAUGGAAUUUUCAUGUACAGAUAUUCAUCAUCAACUGUAUGACUAUUAGUGUAUACAAUAAGAGAAAACCUUUAAAGAACAUACUAUUUAAACCAAAAAGCAUUUUCAGUCUAAAUAUCUGCUUACAAAAACUCAUAUGCUUUAAAUUCAUAGUCGUAGUAAUAUUUGUCAUUCAGCAUUCCAAAAGAAAUACUUUUGGUAAAGUAUUCCUUAAUCUUUGUGUUGUUUCUUCAGUCUGCCUUUUUAACCACCAUACUGCCAAAGCCAGACCAACUGAAAACUUUCCAUUAAGAUAAGCUAUAUAUCAGGUUUCCAUUUAAAAUGACAUCAGGAAAGAUGCUUAUUAUUGUUUUAAAGUUUCUCAAUAAACCUUAAAACAGCAUUAUCUUUA